UUAGCACCGGAGGCUAACGCCAAACUCCCGGGGAUUUUGGGGGAUUAUUGACUGGACGGAAUGAUUGUAAAUCUGGUAAACGUGGUUCCGACGCAGUGAGGGGCUCAGAUUUCGGAGUAUGAUUCACCGCCAGGUGAUCCUGACCCAGAACUUGUACCAGAACCGUUUCCUCGGGCUGGCAGCCAUGGCCUCACCUUCCCGCUCGUCUCAUUCCCGGCGCCGGAGCAAAGACCCCAUCCGGCACAGCUUCAACCCGGAGCACUUUCCCAGUGUGGACUUCCAAAACGGAGUGGUCGGGGAACUGGCCGGCACCCUGCCACGCUCCACCAGUGACACGGACCUGGUGACGUCGCACUGUCGCUCCACGCUGAGUGCCAGCACCUCCCAUUAUGCCAUCGGUCAGUCGGCUGAUAUCACGCUAACCUGGGACAUUAAGGAGGAGGUGGAUGCUGGAGACUGGAUCGGCAUGUAUCUGAUUGAUGAGGUGUUGUCAGAGAACUUUCUGGACUAUAAGAACCGUGGAGUUAAUGGAUCUCACAAGGGUCAGAUUGUGUGGAAAAUUGAAGCCAAUUCCUACUUUGUAGAACCUGAGACGAAGAUCUGCUUUAAGUACUACCACGGGGUGAGCGGCGCCUUGAGAGCCACCACACAGUGUGUAACUGUGAGGAAUCCUUCAGCGCCGGUGUUCAAGCCGGUCGCCGUGGAUGACGCGCCUCAGAGUCAAGGAAGACGAAGACUGAUCAGCUUCUCUCUGUCAGAUUUCCAGGCGACGGGGUUGAAGAAGGGGAUGUUUUUUAACCCGGACCCCUACCUGAAGAUCGCCAUUCACCCGGGCAAGCACAGCAUCUUUCCUGCUUUACCUCAUCACGGCCAGGAGAAGAGGUCGGGAAUCGUCUGCAACACCGUUAACCCCGUGUGGCAAAGAGAGAGGUUUAAUUUUGUGUCGCUGCCCACGGACGUGCUGGAGAUCGAGGUGAAAGAUAAGUUCGCCAAAAGCCGGCCCAUUAUAAAGCGCUUCCUGGGUAAACUAUCCAUGCCGGUACAGAGGUUGCUGGAGAAGCACGCUAUCGGUGAUCGAGUGGUGAGCUACACUUUAGGUCGGAGGCUGCCAACGGAGCAUGUUAGUGGUCAGCUGCAGUUCCGAUUCGAGAUCACAUCCUCCAUUCAUCCAGAUGACGAGGACGCAUCCUUAAGUACAGAGCCUGAAUGUGCCACGGUACCCGAGGAACUGGAGCAAGAGGUGCCAGAGCAACCAGAGGGAGAAAAUCAUCAUGUUCCAGCCCAGAGCGAGGAUGCCAUGAGCCUGGGUGCUCCUGAGCUGCCUUUGGAUGGAGACAUGACCUGGAUGGAGGUGCCUAUGGACGUCGACUUGGCGGAGGAAGGAGACAGGACGGAAGUUCAGGAGGAGGAGGAGGAGAGAGAGGGCAUCCAGGAAGCUGUUGAGCCAAAUGAGGAGCAGGAAGCAGAGGCUGUGGAGAACGAUGGAGGACGUGUACAGGACGUGGAGCAGGUUAAGCAUGUCGAGAUGAUGCAAGAGGUCGAGGGAGGGGAUCAAGAAACAAAUCAUGGAGAUCAAAGAGAAGCAGAUGAUGCAGACAUUGCAAAUGAACCUGGAAAUGAAAUAGCAACUGAUGCUGGUGUUGUGAAGGACACGGCGAGUGCGGUGGAGGGGUCCGAGUCUCCCACCCCCAGUGACGAGGAUAUCCAGGCAGACGAGGAUCAAGAGCUGGAAGGAUGCUCGCUUCGGAUGCGAGCUGCGACCAGGCGGAAAACGCGCCCGUGUUCUCUCCCGGUAUGCGAGCUAGAGAACGUGAUCGCGUCGACAUGCGAGGAACCCGAGACGCCGCGCUCACACUAUAUCCGUCUCCACCGAUUGCUCCACAGCCUGCCUUCCAACCAGUCGGAAAGCUCUAAACCAGAAGACGAGGAGGAAGAGGAGCAAGAUGACGAAGGUGUCGGGCUGGAAGCGGUGACGCCCAACGGCCCGCGGCGCUCUCUUCCGCGCAGUCGCUCGCAUCAGCGCCUCUCGGAGCUGGUGCAGAUCCUGGACGACGAGGGCCAAGCGCCAGGGGCUGAGGGUCAGGUCAGAAGUCAGAGGUCGCCUGGCGAGAGCGAGGGAGAAGCCGAUCUCAGUCCGGUGCCCUGCUGCAGUCACAUGUUGAGGGGCGCCAGAGCGACGCGGGCGGUGUCUCUCGACGGUGCCCGUUGCACCAAAAGUAGCGUGUUUUCCUCUCAGGAGGACGAGGACGACAUGGAAGGGCUGAAUGGGAUCCUGGAAUUGGAGGCGGAGCCAGGUCAGAGCGCGAGCAGAGAAGGGAACGACGGCAGCCGAUGGGAGGACGCGCACGACAGGCAUGUCCAGAGCCCGCACGCCGUGGUGGGUAACGGAGAGCCUGCGGGAGCCGGGGCGAGCAGCAGGAGAGAGUGCCCUCUUCCCUGCAGCCAUCCUGCAGUGAGCCAGCUUCCUGCUCUGAGACCAGACGCCCACCACUACCCCACCAUCGAUGAGCCUCUGCCUCCCAACUGGGAGGCACGUAUCGACAGCCAUGGCCGUGUGUUCUACGUGGACCACAUUAACCGCACCACCACGUGGCAGAGACCCACAUCGGCGGCGACGCCCGACGGCCUGCGCAGGUCCGGAUCCAUCCAGCAGAUGGAGCAGCUUAACAGGAGGUAUCAGACCAUACAGAGGACCAUGGCUUCAGAGAGGAGGACAGAGGAUGGAGGAAGCCCUCGACCUGAGAGGACUAACAGCAUGGAGACUGACUCUCCACCUCAGACAAACGAGUCCAGAAGAGAUGCACCCUGCUCUCCAAGUCAUUGUCAGAAGAUCACCCUGCUGCUGCAGUGUCCAGCCGUCAAGUUCAUCACACACCCCGAGUUCUUCACUGUACUCCAUUCUAACUAUGGUGCAUAUCGCAUGUUCACCAACAGCUCAUGCCUGAAACACAUGAUCCUAAAGAUCCGGCGGGAUGCUCGCAACUUCGAGCGCUACCAGCACAACCGUGACCUUGUUGCCUUCCUGAACCGCUUCGCCGACUCCCACAUGGAGCUGCCCAGGGGCUGGGAGAUCAAAUCGGAUCCUCAGGGAAAGUCGUUCUUUGUGGAUCACAACAGCCGCGCUACGACAUUCAUCGACCCCAGAAUCCCUCUGCAGAACGGCAGACUGCCCAACCACCUCACCCACCGGCAACAUCUGCAAAGACUGCGCAGCUACAGCGCAGGAGAGGCGUCUGAGGUGUCACGCACUCGUGGAGUGUCACUGUUAGCGAGACCCGGCAACAGCUUAGUAGCCGCCGUUCGAAACCAAAGCCAACAGGAGCCAGUUCCACUCGCUUACAAUGAUAAGAUCGUAGCAUUUCUACGUCAGCCAAACAUCUUUGAGGUGCUUCAGGAGAGACAGCCGAGUCUGGCCAGGAACCACUCACUGAAGGAGAAGGUGCUUCACAUUCGUACAGAGGGCACAGCCAGACUGGAAAAGCUGUCCUGUGAUGCUGACCUGGUCAUGCUGUUGAGUUUGUUCGAGGAGGAGAUCAUGUCUUACGUUCCUCUUGCUGCAUUUCAUCCUGGAUUUGCAUUCUCACCUCGCUGCUCCCCCGGCUCCUCUCCCCAAAAUUCUCCAGGAACCCAGAGAGCUCGAGCUCCAGCACCAUAUCGCAGAGACUUUGAGGCCAAACUUCGCAACUUUUACAGGAAACUGGAAGCCAAGGGCUACGGACAAGGACCGGGCAAAAUCAAAUUAAUAGUGCGGAGAGAUCACCUGCUGGAGGGAACGUUCAACCAGGUCAUGGCCUACUCACGCAAAGAGCUCCAGCGAAACAAACUCUACAUCACGUUUGUCGGCGAGGAAGGUCUGGAUUACAGCGGACCUUCUCGGGAAUUCUUCUUCCUGCUCUCUCAGGAGCUCUUUAACCCCUACUAUGGUCUGUUCGAGUACUCUGCUAAUGACACCUACACAGUCCAGAUCAGCCCCAUGUCUGCCUUCGUGGAAAACCAUUUGGAAUGGUUCCGAUUCAGCGGGCGUAUUUUAGGCCUGGUGCUAAUUCAUCAGUACCUGCUGGAUGCCUUCUUCACUCGGCCCUUUUAUAAAGCUCUGCUCAGACUAGCCACUGACCUCAGUGAUCUGGAGUAUUUGGAUGAGGAGUUUCACCAGAGCUUGCAGUGGAUGAAGGACAAUGACAUCACAGACGUCCUGGAUCUGAACUUCACCGUUAAUGAAGAGGUGUUUGGUCAGGUAACAGAGAGAGAGCUGAAAUCAGGGGGUGCCAACGUGCAGGUAACCGAGAAGAAUAAGAAAGAAUACAUCGAACGUAUGGUGAAGUGGAGGGUGGAGCGAGGAGUCGUUCAACAGACCCAGGCUCUGGUCCGAGGCUUUUAUGAGGUGGUCGAUUCUCGGCUAGUAUCUGUGUUUGAUGCCAGAGAGCUGGAGCUGGUUAUUGCUGGGACAGCUGAGAUUGACCUUAAUGACUGGAGAACCAACACUGAAUACAGGGGAGGUUACCACGAUGGGCACAUCGUGAUCCGGUGGUUCUGGGGAGUGGUGGAGCGUUUUAAUAAUGAGCAGAGGUUACGGCUGCUGCAGUUCGUAACGGGAACCUCUAGCGUGCCGUACGAGGGCUUCACAGCGCUGCGGGGGAGCAACGGACUCCGGCGCUUCUGCAUCGAGAAGUGGGGCAAGAUCACCUCUCUGCCCAGGGCUCACACGUGCUUCAAUCGCCUGGAUCUUCCUCCUUAUCCGUCCUACACUAUGCUCUACGAGAAACUCCUCAUCGCUGUGGAGGAGACCAGCACUUUCGGGCUAGAGUGAACACCACUCUCACACCAUCUCCUCUCUUUGUCUUCACUAUGUAUUA